GUGCUCAGGCUCAGAAACAGUCGCUCUUCUACAACUGUGUUUGAGUGAAAGAGCGUGAGUGCCAAGAGACAGCUUAGAGGGACACAGAGGGGAGCGCUUAGCACCUCUGGGACAUUCAAGCGCUCCAGAGGAAACAUUUACUUCAGCAGUGAGUGAUCCACCUUGCGCAGACUGGAGGAGCGGCACACGGCUCCAUAUGAGCCGGCACUCACAGACACACAAGAAAGAGCAGGCACAGGCAGAACUCUGGGAGUGUGGCCACGGGGAGGAAGUUUUCUCUGUUAACAAGUUCUUUUGAGGCUUAAACGUCGGGAAAAUCCACAGCAAGGAAAAACAUCAAUAUGAGCAGCUGCAGGAAACGAUGCAAGCGUGAGAUUCUGAAGUUUGCUCAGUACCUCUUCAGAUUUAUCACUGGUACACUCAAUGCAGAUAGUGUUGAAGAUGAACUGGAGUUGUCGGCUGUACGGCAUCGACCAGAAUGCCUGGAGCAGCUGGAGGCUCAAACACGCUUCUCUCGCAAAGAGCUUCAAAUCCUUUACCGGGGCUUCAAAAAUGAGUGCCCUAGUGGUGUGGUCAAUGAAGAUACAUUUAAGGAUAUUUACAGACAGUUCUUCCCACAGGGAGAUGCUUCAACAUAUGCGCAUUUUCUGUUUAAUGCAUUUGACACAGACCACAAUGGCUCUGUCAGUUUUGAGGAUUUUGUAAUGGGUCUUUCCAUUCUGUUACGAGGCACUGUUCAGGAGAAGCUUAACUGGGCAUUUAACCUGUAUGAUAUUAAUAAAGAUGGAUAUAUAACAAAAGAGGAAAUGUUAGACAUCAUUAAGUCCAUCUAUGACAUGAUGGGAAAAUGCACAUACCCCAUCCUUAAAGAGGAGACUCCACGACAGCACGUGGAAAUAUUUUUCCAGAAAAUGGACAAAAACAGGGAUGGAGUGGUCACUAUAGAUGAAUUUAUAGACUGCUGCCAACACGAUGAAAACAUUAUGAGAUCAAUGCAGCUGUUUGAGAAUGUCAUUUAACAUCCGAAUGGACUCUGAUGGCUGGUCAGCUCAUAUAAAACAACAUUUCUACUCCACAAAACCCUGAUGUCCUCGGUGAUACAAGUGUGAUUCCUAGCAGUUCAAUUCAGUGAUUUACCCAUAAACCAAUACUAAGACCAUUUUAAGUGUGUGUGUGUGUGUGUGUGUGUGUGUGUGUGUGUGUGUGUGUGUGUGUGUGUGUGUGUGUGUGUGUGUGUGUGUGUGUGUGUAAAAGAUUAUUUGUACAUUUUUGUCAGAUCUUUACGUGUAAAAUACACUUUUAUCUAAAUUAGAAGUACAAUUCCAUCAAUCAUCUUGUUUCUGCUAAGAUGCUUUGGAAAUAUGUCAAUUGAUAACAUUACUGAACAUUACAUUGUUGGACAAAAUUGUUGCCCCUCAUUGUUUAACAAUCAUUGUAACGGCAACUCUGCAUUGAACUAAGCUAAGAAACUGAGUUACCACUGACCACGUUUACAUGCACUUAAGAAAACAGUUUAUUCAGGGGUUUUAGCAGAAAACAGUCAUGUAAACAAGAACGCUGAUGUCCUAACACCAUUUAAGGGAUUAAGAGAAAGCGGUUUAACACACGGCUUGAUGUGCUCAUGUAAACACAUAAGUGGCAUUCUGAUGGGUGUUUGAAGAGUGCACGUGCAUUGAACAGACCGCAAUAACAAACAUCAUAGGAUAAUACCAACAACAUGUCAACACAGCAAAAAGAUUUCAAAAUUUCUGAGAGUGCAGUGAAAAAAAUCACAUAUACUAGUAUAAACUAAACCCAUUUAUACACACAAAUGUAAAAUAUUGACUGUCCCUAACUUUCGCAUAUGUGCUUGUUCACUGGGGGAAUCCCAGAGUUUUAUGUAAGAGUGAAACCCCCAAUAAUGCAUUGCAGUUCAGCUGCAGGUAACAGUAGUCAGUUAAGGAAACAAACACAGCAAUAACUCUGGAAUAUCUGGAAAUAAAGCGAAUCAACAGAGAAUAAAAUAGUGAAGUCUAACUCAGAUCCCCUGUGUGUUAUUUACACAAACAUUGCGGGAAUAUUAUGUUGCUGUGGAGAAAGCUGCUUACUGAAUGAGCCGCAUGCAUACGGGAGUAAAGAGUACGCCUCUUAUAUAGUGCAUGUAAACGGGAACACUGUUUUCUCUCAAUUACCCGCUUUCUCGCAAUAAGCUGCUUUCUGGUGUCCAUGUAACCGCAGUCACUGAUUUAAAAAUGUGAUGGAACAAAUGUGUAGUAUAUAUCACAGGUUCACUGUGGUUUAAUUAAUUUAGUGAAACAUUUAUGUGGGAAAUUCUCAGGAAGCCCGAGACAUCUGUGCUUGAAAUUAAUUUCUUGGCAAAAUGUUACUACUGCAUCGUGGUUUUGAAACCAUUAUUUUUUAAAUGGGGGAAAUGUCACAAUGUAACAUGUCUGAACAGAAAGUGAGGGACCAAGACAACGUUGCAUUUUUGCAUAAAGCAAUUAAGAAAAAAAUACAUUCAUAGUAGGGACUUGCCCGAAGCCCAUUACCUUAUUCCGAAAGGCUUGAAUAAUGACUUCAAAACAAAUGACUGAUUCAUCUGAAUAUUAAAAAGAAAUAUUUCCUAAAAACACAAGGAUGAAGCAACAUUUUAAAUAAACAUAUCCAAAAUUACAAAAAAAAUUAUGAAUCUGUGCAGCCAAUAUUUCUGUGUAAACGUUAAGAAUGAAAAUGUUCACGUUGUGAUUUCAGAUUGGAUGAGAGUGGUCUCGACUCUGUUUACGGUCUCUGUUAAUUGUGCUCAUCUGGAACUUGUCAAGUGUAACAUUAAGAUAUGACAUCAUAUACACUUUUAACUUCUUAAAAUGUCAAUGUUAAUUAAUCACACGAUUCACACGUGAUUCCCAUGUAUUCAUUUAAAUCCUAAACCUGAGCGCUGUUCAAUUUCUGACAUGAAUUGAUGAUUCCACGUCUUUCUUUCAGCAAUUAAGUAAUUAUUAUCUGGUCAAGUCUUUAUUCUGAAAAAAGUUCAAAUGCUCCAUAGAGUUUUCAUUUAUUAGGAAUAUUUCUGCUUAUGUAAAACGAAGAAACUGAAACAUUCUUUUCUUCUUCUUUAAACUGUUAAAUGUGAGAAUGUUAAGUGUUCUUGAACUUUGGCAAGGCGCUAUAUAAAUGUAACAUUUUUAUUAUUAUUAUUAUUCAACUAAAUAUUGGUGUCCUAUCAUAAAAAUUCCUGAUAUAUUUACAGGACGUUCACCUGUUUGUUGGCUAUAAUGGUUUUAAUUUCAUUUAUUUUAAUAUUUGAAUUAUUAUUUAUUAUUCACUGUAAAAUAUGAGCUUGACAUUUCACAUUUUGCUUGACACGUCUUGCCUCCAGAAUAAUGCUGUUAUACAUGCAAAGACAAACACAAAAUAUGUUUCAGGCAGAUAUUAAUAUCUGAAAUACCAGGAGAAACCACCGUUAACAACAUAUUCCACAGUUAAUGUAGCCUACAAAUUCAUCUUCUUCUGGUAAGAAUUUUUUUUAAAUAAAAUAAUAUAUUUAAAACAAAAUUAUUGGGCAGUUGGGCCAAUGAUAAUAAUAAUAAUAAUAUUAUUAUUAUUAUUAUCUAUCCAUUUUUUUUCUAGCUGCUUGUCCUAUGCAGGGUCACGGGUAGUGCUGGAGCCUAUCCCAGCUGUCUCGGGUGGAAGGCAGGGAAACACCCUGGAAAGAUGGCCAGUCCAUCACAGGGCAUUAUAAUUAUUAUUAUUAUUGUACAGUUAUUAUUAUUAUUAGGCUAUUAUUAUAAAAAGGCAUAUACAAGGCAUAUUUUAUUAAUAGAAACUAUAAAUGUAAGAGUAACAUUUAAAAAUGGCCGUUUCGUUUAAUUUUGACGCACUUCUGGUUUAAGCCCCGCCACACCCAGUUUUGUCCUAAUACAAAUACAUGUAUCCUAAUACAAAUGUUGUUAUUUGAACAGAUACUCUUCCAAAUACAGAUAAUGGCUUCACUGAACACCUCUCAUUCAUAGUGAAAAUAUAAAAACAUAGAAAAGCAAAUUUUUUAAUUUCUAUAUUAUCCAUUAAAAUGUAUUGGUAAUGAUAACCUGCAAAUUGGCUGGGAUUCCUAUGAAAAACAAACAUCAUAUAUACCAAUGUAUUAUUUUAUAAGCUAUUUUUCAUUACACAAUAAAGAGAGUCAAUUCUAUAAAAUAUAGUGACAUAGUGUAUUGUAAUUAUAUCAGAAGCAAAUUAUGUGGACACACACAGCACACACAUGCCAGUUUCCUGAGAACAACACAUAUCUGACCUGUGCUCAUCAGCUGGCGAUGUUUUAAAGCACAUCAGUCAGUAAUAAUUCACGCUUAACAGCCUUCUUAAUUUAAAGUAUAGACCUGUGACAUGGCAGCUUUUCACUUUCUACAGAGUCAUUCCAGAAUGUUGUUACUAAAACUGUGGGUCCAGCCAUAACAGCUAAAAAAUUAAAUAAUGGAAAAAAGAAAUAAUAAUAAUAAAAUAAAGAUUUAUGUUUUUAAAAAAGAUAUUUAAAAAUAGAUAUUUACAGUUUUGUGUUUUUAUUUUUUAUUUUUUUAUUAUUGUUUGCCAAUGAGAACAAAAUGCUAUAUUAAAGAUUUGGAAGCUACAGGUAGCAACUUAAAGCACACAUCUUGUACUUGUCUUUAAAAAAGGGGGGUCUCAAAAUAAGGCUCCUAUACUUAUCUUAAUUACUUAGAAAUAUCUUGUGAAAAUGUCACAUUUCCUGCAAUUGUUUACAAAUGUUUCACGACACUAUCACUGUUCUCAAAGCAACAGAAAUACUGAUUGGAUUUAUAUAUGGAGAUAAGUUUGCUCUGUAGGCCAUACACUAUUUGGUUUAACUCAAGAGGUUUUAUUUAUGUAUUUAUUUUCUGUUUUGAUCAUCAGUAUUUGUGUGUCUAGAAGAAAUUGUAGUCUUUCUUCUUCCAGGAAAUUGCUGAAAACCUGUAACUGUCUAAUGGUGUCUAUAUAUUUCAUAAAACCUCCCCAAUUUACCUGCACCAGGUCAAUUACUAAUCGACUAUUAGUUCUGUGGUAUUGACAGCACUGUUAACACUGUUAUGGUUAGAAGAUUAUUAAACUGUGGGUAAAUCAUAAAAUCAAGAAUCACAGUCACCACUUAGUGGUUAGUCACAGUUACAGUACAAAUUCAAUGAGUAAAAUUAGACAUUUAUUUAAUACACAGUCAAUGUAAAAUCUCAGUAUGUAGAUUUUGCAAUGUUGUUCCAUUAUUUUAAUGCUUUAAUAUCUUUGGAAUUAUGGGCUCAGUUGCAACAAGCUUUUGACAAGAUCAUCUUCACAAUUAAAGUUAAUGCAUUAGGUAUUAUGAAUUAGCAUUUUAACAAUAUCUUUUCUUACAGCAUUUAAUAAUGUGUUUUAAUGUUAGUUUAUAAAAAAUACAGUUGUUCAUUGUUUAACAUAUUGAAAUUAACAUUAACCAAGAUUAAUAAAUAAUUGCUGUAAAAAUAUUGUUCAUUUUUAGUUCAUGUUAAAGGUUUAGUUCACACAAAAAUGAAUAUUAUUUGAUAAUUUACUCACCCUCAUGCCAUCCCAGAUGACUUUCUUUCAUCUGCUGAACACAAAAAAAAACAUUUUAGAAGAAUAUUUCAGCUCUGUAUGUCCUCACAAUGCAAGUGAAUGGGUGCCAAAAUUGUGACGCUCCAAAAUCCACAUAAGGGCAACAUAAAAGUACUCCAGACGAAAUUGUUGUUUAUGUUUGAAAACACUGUUGAAGUACAGCCCUUAUGUGGAUUUUGGAGCUUCACAAUUUUGGCACCCAUGCACUUGCAUUGUGAGGACCUACAGAGCUGAUAUAUAUAUAUAUAUAUAUUUUUUUUUUAUUUUUUUUUUAUUGUGUUCUGCAGAAGAAAGUCUGGGAUACCAGGAGGGUGAGUAAAUAAUGAGAGAUUUUUCAUUUUUGGAUUAACUAUCCCUUUAACUAAUGUAGUCAACUAAUGUUAACAAAUGGACCCUUAUUGUAAAGGGUUAAUGUAAACAUGAACUAACAAUGAACAAUAUUUUUACUGCACUUAUUAAACUUGGUUAUUGUCAAUUUCAACAUAUACAACUUUUCAUUUUAGAAAUGUAUAUGUUAACAUUAGUUAAUGUUUUAUGAACUAAUAGAGAACAAUUGUUUGUUUGUUUGUUUUUAAUAAAUUAACAUUUACUAAGAUUAAUGAAUGCUGCUAUUAAAAAUGUUCCAUUGUUAUUUAGUGAUACCUAAUGUAUUAAAUAUUUCUAAUAGAAUCUUAUUUUAAAGUGUUUUAUAUAUAUAUAUAUAUAUAUAUAUAUAUAUAUUUCUAGGAAAUCUAGAAAUAAGCUUGUGCUAACCAGAGAACGUAAGAGACACUAAACAUUGUUCAUGUAUUAAAGAGAGGUUUUGUAACUGCGUACAUUUGCAGGCUGAUCCAGACAUCAAAUUAUAUAGAAUUUAAGAAAAUGUAUUUGUUUUCAAAAUCUGUCUGUACAUCUUUCAAAACAUAUUUGUAUUUGAAUGCCCCACAUUUUGCUUAUUUAAAGUGAGAUUUUGCAAUCAUUCUGUGGUAAUAUAUCAUGACACUCUUAUAAGAACACUUGAAUUGACUUUUCAUUGUUUUGCAACCUGCAUGCCUGAUUUAUAAUUUUAUCAUACGGAAGAGUGAAAAAAUCAGUGCCUUUCUUUGUCAAUGCUCAUUCCAAAUGUAUCUCUCAGAGUCGAACGUGGCUUAUCUCAAACAGAACAUAGGACAUGAUCCAUUAUUAGUUAUUUUCUUG